AUGACCUCUCAGCUAGAACGUGAGCUGAGCUGUCAUUUUAAAGGACUGCAGCAUCGAAUUGCAGGUGCAAUUAGUAGUGGUGAUGGCUCAAUUAAGGUUGGCAAGGACCCGAUGACUUUUGGCUUGUAUCGUAGAAUUGCUGAAGAAAUGAUGAAAUCCUCGUCGCGCGAUAUGGUGUUCGCUCGAACAUUUCUUUUAGUCUCGUGGAAUUUGAUGGCCCGAGCUGCGAAUACAGUGUCAUUAUGCUAUAGUCACAUGGAGUGGGGUGAAGAUGCCCUUAGAGUGUUCUUCGCGCAUAUGAAGAACGACCAGCGUGGCACGCGCCCCAGAGAUCCGCGGCACAUAUAUGCGAACCCUUUGAUGCCAGCAAUUUGCCCAAUUCUCGCAAUCGGCUUGUACUGGUUAGUAUAUGGAAUUGAGACUAGUGCAACUCACGUAUUUCCAGGAAACGACCAGUACGAUCGCUUCCGUAAAGCACUUCGGCGAGUUCUGGAAAGUACCGGCAUGGCCGGUGAAUUGGAACGCUGUGGCACAAACUGUGAUGAUAUUGGUACGCAUUCAAUGAGAAAAGGAGCUGCUACCUAUUGUUCGUCAGGUUCAACUGCAUGUCCUCCUGCUAUCGCUGUCCACUUACGGGCUGGGUGGGCCCUUGGCGGGGUCCAAGAUCGAUACUUAAGACACGACUCCGCGGGGGAUAUGUUCGUUGGUCGUACGGUAUCGGGUUUGCCUAUACUUGACGCUGAUUUUGCUACUUUGCCCCCAAGGUUCCAUGGAGGUCGCGAGCAAGUGGAGAUUGCUAAACGAAUAGGCUUUCGCCAGUUACCUCGAUCUGCUUCUCUAAUUGGCGAAUUUGCGCUGGCUUCGAUUGUGUAUCAUUACGAGUACUUGAAAGAGAAUUUACCUGGUAACCACCCCAUUUUUCAAUCGCCACUAAUGCGCGAUGAGCAGAUGAUGCAAGUGCUAAAGGGUUUUAUCAAGUUUGGCCCCCCAAAUGGAGAUGACAACAUAUCUGCUACUGGCAUACCACCACAUGUUGUUUUACUAUCUGAAUUUCGCUCUUUAAAAGCUGCAUUUGAAAAGCAGCAAGUAGAUCAGCAAAAUGUGGUCAACGAAGUAGUUGCUGGGGUUCGUUUAGCUCUGGAAGAUGCGGUAGACGUCCGGAAUACGCCAAACUCCAACCAAAUAGCGACUACAGUUAUUGACUGCCUUCACAGGGAGGGUUAUGUGCGUCAACGGCCGGAUGAAGAUGAAAAUUAUGCUCCUGGUGUAGCCCCAGUAGCAACAACAGUCCAUCAAACCAGCAAUAAUUUCUCAUUGUACACCUGGGGCGGGGGUUUCCACGCCUUUCCGGAAGAUGUUGCGCUACCAGAAGGCACUACCGAGCAAGCAUGGGUGUUUUGGUGCUGUGGAGACCCAGCAAGAUCUCUGCCUUAA